AUCUAAGAAUAAAUAACAAUUAUGUUAAUUUGUUUCAGCUGUUCACAUUGGUGUACUUCCCAAUAUGUUUCUACUGUGAUUGGAGGGAACUGCGAGGAGAGCAUGGACGCAAUCACGUGAAAGUUCUCAAUCAAGUUAGAUGCCUGUGCUUCACAAGCAUCCUACUACCGACCACUGCAUUUGGUGACAUAUUGUUCUGGCGAGUAUGGAAUACUCAUCGAGAGCUGAUAGCACCGCCGAGCAUUCACAAAGUGGUUCCCUUCUGGUCCCAGCACUGUAUGCACACUGUGUCCUUGAUUGUGGUGCUUACAGACCUCGUGCUGGUGAAGAGAGAGAGGCCUAAGAGUAACGUGCUGAAUAUUGGAGUAUUAUCAUGUUUUCUUAUCGCUUAUACUGUUGUGUGCGUUCAAAGCGUGAUGAGAGGCGAAUACAUAUACCCAGGUCUGAAGCUGUUCACAGGAAUAAAAUUCCCCAUACUAGUCAUAUACGUUUUUCUAGAAAAUUUCUUCUAUUAUACUAGCCAAUGGUUAAUAAUUGAUAUGGUAUGGGGCCAAGGAAACUUGAAGAAAGUUGUUUAAUAGUUAUAAUUAUUUUUAAUAAGUAUAAAGAAGGCCAAUCAUUUGGCAAAGAUAUUAGUACUAAGUAUAAUUUUAAGGAAGACAGGUGUACAUAUUAUGUAGAACUGAAACAAGCAUGAGAAGGAUAAAAGAAACUGAAGAUACAAACAAUAAUAAUUGAGGAAAUUGAGAAAAGAUUAAUCAGAAGACAAAACCAUAAUAAUGUUAUACAGUAUUUAUAAUUACUAUUAGUUAUUUAUUUCGUUUUAUUUUACUGCAUAUUACACAAGCCUGUUUUCGCUGAUUCUUUACUUAACCCAAAAGUUGACGGGAGAAAACGCCAUAGGGCAUUAUGUAUGUACAUUAUUUUUGUGUGCGUUAAAAAGUUAACAAAUAAAUUAAUCAAAAUAUAAAACUCAGUGUUUUUGCUAGUAAUAGUAGUAAUAGUAAGUUUAAUUUGUAUGCACAGAUAAAAUAAUGCACAUAGGUAUUUAUUUAAAUAUAGAUUUAAACCAAAAUUUUAUGUAAA